AAAUUGACAACUAUUCCAAUAUAAGCGAAGCGAAAUAUAUAAAAUCAAUAAUAAUGAUCAUUGUAAUCUGAAUGGAAGAAUGGGUGGGUGUACCUGUGUGUGUUGGGGGGGGGGGUCUGUAUUUAUCACAUUGUGGGGAAUAAAACCUGUUACCUUGUUUUUACCUUGUGGGCACGUUUUCACGUCCCCACAAUAUAAGUUUCAUGAAAAUCUGUGAAUGCAAUCAAAAAUAACAUAGGGUUAUCGUAGCAUUAAGGUUUGUCCAUAGAUAUCAAUUGAAAGUCUCUUAUAGGAAUAUAAUAUGAACUGUGUGUGUUUCUCUGUGUGUCUGUGUGUGUACGUGACGUACUGGCAUGUGAAGACACGUGAUGAUAGACUUAUUUUAUCAGGGUAGAAAAAAAUGGUUUGUUUCUGUCAUGUUGUUAUAUACGAAGGCUGCAGAUUUGUCACUCGUGAUGCUCAGGUAAUUCUUCACAUUAAAGGGGCGUGUGUUUUCAGAGUACGGGAGAGGUGAAUUAAGAGGGGGCAUUUUAACUAGCGUCCCAGCUGCCUAGCAACGGAGCCGAGGUGAAUUCCGUGUACAUCUCCAACAUGAUUCCCAUUAGGUAGACAGACUACUGAGCAGUAAGCUGAAGUUACCUUUUUAACAUUAAGAUUGUUAGUAACGUGACUUUGGAAAUCAAGCCGUUAUCGUGGUGAAGUGUUCAUAUACUGGGUGUUGUACGCCUGACAUUAGCUAGCUGAGUCGAGCAGAGUGGAGAAACUGAGAUGGCAGCAUUUGAACUACAAGUGCAAUAGACAAUUCGGUACCAUGGCAUCUGAAGCACUGUGCCGUCCCCAUGACGACCUCGGGAGAAAUGAAAGACAAGCACAAGCCGGAAGAGGACACGGGCCCAGAGUCCCAGCUGGUGCGGGACAUUCAGGGGCUGACGGCAUCUGGGCACGACUCCUUGGUUCAGAGAAAGUGUGUGAAAGCAAUUGACUGCUUUAAGAAGGCGUUCAAAGCUUCGCUGGAGCUGAAAGACGCCCGUGUACAGCGAGCUUGCGCCUUCAACCUGGGCGCGGCCUACGUGGAAUCGGGCAAGCCCCAGAAGGGCCUGGAGUACCUGAGGCGCGCCCAGCCUGGGGAGGGGGGCGAGCGGAUAGCAGACCUCCAGUUCAACCUGGGCGCCGCCCACGAGGGCUUGGAAGACCCAGGCAGGGCAGCCAAACACUAUCUGAAGGCUGCUCAGCUUUACCGCUCCCAGGGAGACGGGGGUGGCGAAGCGGAUGCCUGCAUGAAGCUCGCCCAUUGCUACCUGCUCGUCCAGGACUGGACGCAGGCAGCUGAGAGCUACCAACGAGCUGGGGAAGGCUACCGACUUGCAGGCCGGCCAGACGCAGCGGCUCUGGCUCUGAGGGAAGCUGCCGACAGCAUGCUCCGGUGUGACACCUUCACCACCGAUGACAUCACCAGGGUGCUCACCGAUUCGCUGGAACUGAGUGCUGGUGUUGGAGAAGAGGAGACACUGGGUAAGCUGUACAAUGACAUAGGCCUGAACUUCACUCAGCUGAAGCUGUUCCCAGAAGCAGCAGAGUGUUUUAACAGGGCGCUACCGCUGGCCCAUGGAAGGCCUUGCAGGUUGGCUGCUGUCCUACAGAACCUUGGCGCCGUCCAAAACACACUGUGCCAGUACCAACAGGCUCUCGAGUACCACCAGGAAGCUGCAGCCCUACAUGGGUCCCUGGGCAGCCGUAGUGCUCAGGGUCAGUGCUUCAGUAACCUGGCAUUUGCCCUCAGACAGCUGGGGAACCUGGAGGAGGCGGCACAGAACUACCUUCAUGCCCUGCAGGCCUUCAAAGACACGGAUGAUCCCCAGGGUCAGUGGCAGGCCUGCGAGGGAAUGGGGACAGUUUGGUUACACCUAGGAGACCCAGGGAGGGCCAUACAGUACUACAAGCAGGCACUGGGGCUGCUGGCUAAAUGUAAGGACUGUCCCAGCUCAGUGCAGGAGCGCCUUGUGGAUAAGCUGGCUGCCGCCAUCCAGGACAGGCUAUCCCUGCAGAGCCAGAUGACCUAUGAUAGGGGCCUCACCCCUACUCAGCCUCAGCGAGUUCACAGUGAGGAAAGGUCCAUCCCACAUCACGGCCCACAAGAUAUGAUCCUCCACAAGCAGCCGUCACUGAGGACCACAGGUGUGCCCUCUGCUAAGCAGUCUGAGCCCCAUUGGUCACGAAGAGACCCCCAAAUUCACAGGCCGGAACUCCAGACCAGGAAAAUGAUUCCCAAUGGGUUUAUGGUGAGGGACAGUUCCCUGGGGGUGAUACCCAAUGGCACAGUCCCAGAGCGAUGGCGGGAACAGCGGGUCCUGGGUGCCGCUCGGCAGGACUGGGAUGGCAAAGCCCAUCCCCUGGCGACAGAUCCGCGGGUUAACGGGCCGCAUCCAGAGCUGUCCAAUGGUCACAGCGCACUGCAUGAGGCCAACAGGAAUCUAAACAACACCUAUCUGAAGCCAGUAUCCUGCUACCAAGGUCCAGAAUUCCCAGAGCCUAAAGCCACCCAGCAUGGUGGGCUCUUGUACAACCCUGUUGAGCGGAAAACAACAGAGAUGAACAGCAAUACCUCCUUGGGUCAGAGUUCUCACGUCACUAAAAGCUUCGAAGAGGAGGAAGCCAUGCCCUUACACAGGAAGUGGAAGUCGCAAGUUUGUCUCGUCAUGUGACUUUACCAAGACUGGACAUUUUACGUCAGUGUGUGGACCGCGAUGUGUCUACUACUGCUCCACUAAUACUGAACUGGAGAAAGGUUAAAAGAUUUAUAAUGUCUUAAAGGAUAAAAUGUAAAAAUAUGGCCUAAGAAAUUUAGAAAAUAACAUUUAUUCACACAAUCAUUGUAACAACAUAGUAAAAGAGCACAAUGAAUGGUGUAAUUAAGCGAAUAUUGUUUAUUUAUGUUAUUCCACAGUAUGUUCCAAUUCAAUAUUGUAUAUUAUUUUAAUUAUUGUAAUAAUUACUACCUAGGUUUACAUUUUAAUUUUGUGUGAUUCCAUAUUAAUAUACAUAAUUUGUCAACAAUUUGUUAUAAUGUUAUUUUUUAUCCCCAAAUAUAAAGCACGUAGGUGUCUGUAUCGACACAGUCGCGGUCCAGUUA